AUGUCACAGUUUUCAUGUUUAUCCUUUGUUCACGCUCAUUACAUCUUGAUGUACAACAUAAAACAUAAGGAUCAAGGUAGUGAAUUCUUUUCAUAUGUGACAGACGGUGAAAAGUUAUCGAUUGAUUAUGUCAAAGAUGGUAUUGUAUUGCAAUUGAAACUGUAUAUUGAUGGUGAACUCUUCGUAGUCGGCAUUAAGUACGAAAAUCUCUUCGAAGACAAUAAUUGUCGAGUUAAAUGGCAGCAACACCUAUCUGUUAAUGGAGCUGUAACAAUAACAGCACCUUUUAACGACCAAAACCAACUUCCUGAUGACGUAAUUGAUCGAUUUUGUUAUGAAAUUAUGCCCGAGAUUCAUCACAAAAUUGAAUGGCUCGAUGUUGAAUUUUCAACUAUGCAACGUAUUCUUUAUUCAGCAGAUUAUCCAAAGUUGACUGGACUUGGUGUGUAUGAUCUAACGUGGGAAGCAGCUAAAGAUCUUUUCGACGACGAAAGUUAUUUCGUAUCGAUUUUCAAAGACCGAAUAUUAUCACUUUUUAUUACUAUGAGUGACUAUUCCAAACGAAAAAGUUCAGUCCAAGAUGUCACUGAACAUAUUUUUAUACAAACGUUGACUAUGUUCAGUAAUUUACGAUGUUUAAAGUUUGAUCGAUCGUUUCUGUAUCAUCGAUUAACGUUGCAUGAAACAUUGCCGAAUGUUUAUUCUUCAAAUCUGUUAGAAUUACACGUUGUAUUAGACUCGUACCUUGAUUGUCUUUAUAUACUUGAUGGUCGCUUCGAUCAACUUCACACCUGUUGUGUUUCUAUUUGUUCAUCAUCUAUUGGUCGACUUGAGAAAGUCAUUAAUGAAUUUUUUUCGUUUAGAAGAGCCUUUCUAGUUUAA